GAAGGACCACAAAAUCCAGUUAAUAAUAGGUGGUGAUGGAUCAGCAAGUAGAGAAGCUGAAAACUCUACAUAGAGUCAGCUUCUUCUCUCGCAAGUAAGUAUCAGGAAAGAGUUGCAUCUGCCUUGUAUAGAAGAAUCUAGAAAAUAUCUCUCUCUACCUUCUUCUUCUCUACUGGUUCAGUUUUCACGAAUAAUAGAAACGUUUAUGUGAAAAAGUUUGCAAAUACAACUGAUUCUACACUAAUUGAUAGUGUAAGUAAGUUUGAGUUAAUACAUUUUAUCAAACAUUUGGCAAGUCUGUGCAUAGUUAUGUAACACGGUAAAGAAAAUAAUAUUGUCAGGUAGUGUGUAAGUUUGGCAACGUGAACAUUCUGAAUACAUACAACUGACUGGUAAGUAAAGCGACAAAUACUUAAUUGUAUCGAAUUUACAAUGCUAGUUUGUAAGUUUUAUGAAAUAAAGCUGUCUUGAGUAAGCAAAUGAUCUGCUAAGUUGACCGUUGACGAGGGCAUUGUUGUUGAAUGUGAACAUCACCCAACGAUAAGUGAAUUGAACCAAUGAAUGCCUAAAAGUUGCACGGAAGUAGAUAAAAAGUGAAGUGUUGCAGGUGUGUAGAUCCGUGAUUUGGGACCUUGAAGUGCUCAUACUUUCCCAACUUCCAUACACGUGUACCUCGGGGUGGUAAUAAUGUCUCACUUCCCUUCAUUACUUGUAACCGACCCGCUACGUUUGGCUUUUUACUCAGAUUGGGUUCCCUUUCGUUGCCAAACUGUUGAAAGUAAAACUCCAGAAUCUCCUUCUUGAUUCCUUUUUUUUCUUCUCUCCUUGUUCCAUCUAAUUUCUUAAAAGUUUCUUACUGAUUCGUUAUCAAUAUUUUAUUUUGAUUAAAUAUUUAGAAAAUGAUUUAUGGUCCCCAAUACGAAAUACAAAGGGUGUUCUUUAUACAAAAAUAAUAUUAACGGUGUUGGUAACUAGAAAACAAAUACAUGUGGGGCCUUCCUAUAGAUAUUUUGUGCAAGGAAGAUGCAGAAGUAGUUCUUCGGAGCUCCCUCUUACGCACUUCACUCUCUCUUUUCUUGUGAUCCGCACAUUUUCAAUCCUUAGAGAUCUCUUUUGGAAGAAAAAAAAAAAAGAAUCAAAUCUCUCAAACAAAAACCAAAGAAGCGAUAAAAAAAAGAUUGAAAAGAAAGUUACGUUUCUUGUUAAAUAUCUUCUUCUUCUUCUUCUUCUUCAUCUUCCACCGUUCUUUUUUAUUCCGGUUUGUUUCAGAGAAUCGGCGAUGGCGAACGCCAAUGGGAAGGCUGCGACUGGUGUCUCGGAAAAAGUCUCUGAGAAGGCGAACCCGGAGGCUAAUGAAGCUACGGAGAUCGCCGGGAAUAUCAUCUACCACGCCAAGUACUCUCCGCAUUUCUCUCCUUUGAAGUUCGGCCCGGAGCAAGCUCUCUACGCUACGGCGGAGAGCCUUCGCGAUCGUCUCAUUCAGCUGUGGAAUGAGACUUAUCUUCAUUUUCACAAAGUCGAUCCAAAGCAAACCUACUACUUGUCUAUGGAGUAUCUCCAAGGUCGUGCUUUGACUAACGCCAUUGGAAAUCUCGACCUUAAAGGUCCAUAUGCUGAUGCACUACGCAAGCUUGGUUAUGAGCUUGAGGAGAUAGCUGAACAGGAGAAAGAUGCAGCUCUGGGAAAUGGUGGUUUGGGGAGACUCGCCUCGUGCUUCUUGGAUUCCAUGGCCACCCUCAACUUGCCUGCUUGGGGUUAUGGUUUGAGGUACAGACAUGGCCUGUUUAAGCAACUUAUCACAAAGAAAGGCCAAGAAGAGGUCGCUGAGGACUGGCUUGAGAAGUUCAGCCCGUGGGAAAUUGUCAGGCAUGAUGUUGUCUUCCCUGUCAGAUUUUUCGGCCAUGUGCAGAUAAACCCAGAUGGAUCAAGGAAGUGGGUAGGCGGUGAUGUUGUACAAGCUCUUGCUUAUGAUGUGCCAAUCCCAGGAUUCAAAACCAAGAACACAAUCAGUCUCCGCCUCUGGGAAGCAAAAGCCAGAGCGGAGGACCUUGACCUUUUUCAGUUCAACGAAGGAGAAUAUGAAUUGGCUGCACAGCUACAUUCUCGUGCUCAACAGAUUUGCACCGUGUUAUAUCCAGGGGAUGCCACCGAGAAUGGAAAGUUACUACGGUUGAAACAGCAGUUCUUUCUCUGCAGUGCUUCGCUUCAGGAUAUUAUAUCAAGAUUUAACGAGAGGAGCACCGGCGAAGGCAGCCGGAAAUGGUCAGAGUUUCCAAGUAAAGUUGCUGUUCAAAUGAAUGACACACACCCCACUCUUGCAAUUCCUGAGCUCAUGCGAUUGCUAAUGGAUGACAAUGGACUUGGAUGGGAUGAAGCUUGGGAUGUGACAUCAAAGACCGUUGCUUACACCAAUCACACUGUCCUUCCUGAAGCCUUGGAGAAAUGGUCACAAUCUUUGAUGUGGAAGCUUCUUCCUCGUCAUAUGGAGAUCAUAGAAGAAAUUGAUAAAAGGUUUGUGCAAACUAUUCGAAGUACGCGGGUAGAUCUCGAGGAUAAGCUUUCAAGUUUGAGCAUCUUAGAUCACAAUCCGCAGAAGCCAGUUGUAAGAAUGGCUAACUUAUGUGUUGUAUCGUCGCACACAGUGAAUGGCGUUGCUCAGUUGCAUAGUGAUAUCUUAAAGGAUGAGUUAUUCGCUGACUAUGUCUCUAUUUGGCCAAACAAGUUUCAAAACAAGACUAAUGGCAUCACACCUCGAAGGUGGCUUCGUUUCUGCAGCCCUGAGCUCAGUGAUAUAAUCACAAAAUGGUUGAAGACUGACAAAUGGAUCACCGAUCUUGACCUAUUAACUGGUCUUCGGCAGUUUGCCGACAAUGAAGAACUCCAAUCUGAGUGGGCUUCUGCAAAGGCGGCCAAUAAGCAACGUUUGGCUCAGUAUAUAGAGCGUGUGACUGGUGUGAGUAUUGAUACAAACAGCUUGUUUGACAUACAAGUUAAACGUAUCCACGAAUACAAGAGGCAGCUUAUGAACAUUCUCGGAGUAAUAUACAGAUUCAAGAAACUAAAGGAGAUGAAGCCUGAGGAAAGGAAGAAAACAACUCCUCGUACUGUCAUGAUUGGGGGUAAAGCCUUUGCAACCUAUACAAACGCAAAACGGAUUGUGAAGCUAGUGAAUGACGUGGGCGACGUUGUUAACAGCGAUCCAGAGGUCAACGAAUACCUGAAGGUUGUAUUUGUUCCAAACUACAAUGUGACUGUAGCAGAGAUGCUUAUACCCGGAAGUGAGCUUUCUCAGCACAUCAGCACAGCAGGCAUGGAGGCAAGUGGUACAAGCAAUAUGAAAUUCGCUCUCAAUGGUUGCCUUAUCAUAGGAACACUUGAUGGGGCUAAUGUGGAGAUAAGAGAGGAGAUUGGCGAAGAAAAUUUCUUUCUUUUCGGUGCAACAGCCGAUCAGGUCCCUCGUCUGCGUAAAGAAAGAGAAGACGGACUCUUCAAACCAGAUCCUCGAUUUGAAGAGGCGAAGCAGUUUGCCAAAAGUGGAGUGUUUGGAACCUACGACUACGGUCCGCUCCUGGAUUCUCUUGAGGGAAACACAGGUUAUGGACGUGGUGAUUACUUCCUGGUUGGGUAUGACUUUGCGAGCUACAUGGAUGCUCAGGCCAAAGUUGAUGAAGCUUACAAGGACCGGAAGAGGUGGCUGAAGAUGUCGAUAAUGAGCACAGCCGGAUCAGGAAAGUUCAGCAGCGACCGGACAAUAGCUCAGUAUGCCAAAGAGAUUUGGAACAUUGAGGCAUGCCCUGUUCCUUAAUUCCGUAUAUCGUUGCCACAGACUGUGCCUUUUACCAUGGCCUAUCUACAUCCACACAGCUCCAAAGUCAAUAUAUAUCUAUAUAGAUCUCAUAACUGAAUAAGUAAAAAACCUUUUCGUAUUUAUAUGUUCAUUAUGUUUUUGCAUAAGUUAAAUGUUUGUUCAAGUAAAACGUGGUUCAGUAAGUAAAUGAGUACAUUCUGAAUUAUUUUGUCACA